UGCGCGGAUGGCGUGCGCGUGCGCGGCGGCGCAGACGUGCGUCCCGGUCCCGCCGCGCAACAAGACUAUCUGAGGAUGUGACUGGCGGGGCCCGCGGCGGCUGGCGGACGAUGCUCGCUCUCCUGGGUGCGACAGCCCUGGUGCUGGUCGCCGGGACGCCAUGGGUGUUGCCCGCAGCCGCAGGUGGAAAAAAUCUAAACUCUUCUCGAAAUGUAGAGAUCGACAUCAUAGAUGACAAUUUUAUCCUAAGGUGGAACAGGAACAGUGAGUCUAUGGGGAACAUGACUUAUUCAGCAGAUUAUCAAAGACCUGGGAUGGAUAAUUGGAUAAAAUUGCCUGGGUGUCAAUAUAUCACUAGUACCAAAUGCAGCUUUUCUUCACCCAAGUUGGAUAUUUAUGAAGAAAUCAAAUUGCGUUUAAGAGCAGAACAAGGAAACACUUCGUGGUAUGAGGUUAUCUCAUUUAUGCCAUUUGAAAAAGCUCAAAUCGGUCCUCCAGACGUACAUUUGGAAGCUGAAGAUAAAGCAAUAAUAGUAAACAUCUCUCCUCCUGGAACAAAAGAUAGUAUCAUGUGGGCUUUGGCUGGUCCAAGCUUUAUAUAUAGCAUAGUUAUCUGGAAAAAUUCUUCAACUAUAGAAAAAAUGAGUGAAACUGAUUAUCUCAGAGAUAAAAUUGAUAAACUCUCACCAGAGACUACCUAUUGUUUAAAAGUUAAGGCAAGACUACGCACACCAAGGAAAGUUGGUAUCUAUAGUCCAGUGUAUUGUAUAAAUACCACAGCUGAAAAUAAACUGCCUCCACCUGAAAAUUUAGAAGUUGAUGUUAAAAAUCAGAGCUAUGUUCUUAAGUGGGAUUAUGCAUAUGCAAAUGUGACCUUUCAAGUUCAGUGGCUCCCCGCCUAUGUAAGGAAGAAUCCUGGGAAACAUUCACGUAACUGGAAACAAAUGCUUGACUGUGAAAAUGUCAAAACUACCCAGUGUGUCUUUGGUCAAAAUGUUCUCCCAGAAGGGGUUUACUAUGUCCGUGUGCAAGCAUCUGAUGGAAAUAACACAUCUCUUUGGUCUAAAGAGAAAAAAUUUAACUCUGACAUACAAACUAUCGUACUUCCUCCAGUCAUUAACAUGAAAUCCAUUAGCGAUUCACUGCGUGUCUACGUAGGCUCUCCCAAAGAGGCUGGAAAUAAGCCUGUGAACCAGCCUUACCCACUAAGCUAUGAAAUUAUUUUUUGGAAAAACGCUUCAAAUGCUGAGAGAAAAUUUCUAGAGAAAAAAACUGAUUUUACUGUUCCUGAUUUGCAACCGCUGACUGUAUAUUGUGCCAAAGCCAGAGCACACCUUGUGGAUGGAAAAUGGAAUAAAAGCAGUGUUUUUAGUGAUACUGUGUGUGAGAAAACAAAACCAGGAAAUACUUCCAAGAGCUGGCUUAUAGCUGGAAUUUGCACUGCAUUAUUUGCUGUCCUAGUUGUCAUUUAUGCUGUGAAAGUCCUCUGGAAAGGCAUCAAUUAUGUGUUCUUUCCAUCACUUAAACCUUCUUCCAGUAUAGAUGAGUAUGUCUCUGAACAGCCAUUAAAGAAUCUUCUGCUUUCAACUUCUGAGGAACAAACUGAAAAAUGUUUUAUAAUUGAAAAUGUAAACACAAUUACUCCGGUAGAAGAAAUUAAUCAAAUUGAUGAAGAUCACAAAAAAUAUAGUUCCCAAACUAGUGAAGAUUCAGGAAACUAUUCUAAUGAAGAUGAAAAUAGUGGAAGUAAAACAAGUGAAGAACUUCUAGAACAGGAAAUGGUACGACCAGAAACAAACUCUAUAAGGUAUUAGGUGGUUCUGCGGGAGCUCACUGGAAGCCUGAGCUCCUUGCUCCUCUCAGUAACUAUGAAGGAGGAUAUUUGCUCAUUGGGGAAGAAAAAACAUCUUCGGAUCAUAGGUCCUAACAAUACAGGCAAGCACUUAACUACUUAAAAAUGAAAUUACAGGAGUUGAAAGAAAAGUUCCCUACAUUCUUUCCCAUGUGUAAAAUCUCGAAAGACCUGUCGUGGGUCUUGUCUUGAUGAGAUGAGUCAGGUCAAGAAGAUGACCACCCAUCUUUCUCGUGACAGCGCAAAUACCACAGUGCUCGCUGUGCUCUGUGGCGAAGGAUGGUAUUUGUGUUCCUGUCACUUGCCGUCACGGGUGCUGCAGCCUACUGCAUGUGUCAGCUGUUUGUCCUUCAUUCCCAGGAUUACAUGUCGUUCUUUUUCGAGAGAUAUUUAGAACACUUGAUCUUUUCUUUUAAUACUGCUAUAGGCCCUGAGGAAGCGUAGAUAGGCAAGCCUGGACACUGUUAUCACUUGGUUUUCUGAAGAGUAGCUUAACCUAGAAAACAGCCACAGAUGCUAGAAAGAUGAUCCUUAAAAAUGUUUGGGGAAUUCUAUCCAUUUAUCCCAGAACGUUGGCUUCUACACCACAGUUACCUAUCCCUCACAUGGCCUGGGAUGAAAACCGAGUCAUCUUUUACUGUGCAUUAGGACUUCCUGAUCCAUAACUUAUUAGAACAACAGCUUCUGAUUAGAAUUUGCAAUAAGUGAAGUCAUAAAAAAUGGAUAACUAUCUGAUUAGAGAAGUCAUUGUUUUAUUUUAAGAUCUGAGGGUAUGUACUAGUCAAAGUAUAUGCAAGAAAUCUUGGGACCAGAAAAUGCCAGUGAUAGAAGAGACAGAAAGAAGUAGACUAAUUCAGUAGGAAAAAAGUGACUUUGGUGAAAAAAAUAAGAAUAUAUAAUCAACUUUUAAUUAUUAGCCCACUAUGUAUGUUUGUUCUUAUAGCUCAUCUGGUCAUUUUUAAUACUGGGUCGGCUUCUCUAUACUGUCUAGCAGUAUUCAGGUACCCCUUCUACUCAGCCUUCAUGCACUCAAGGAAAUACAAAUUAUUGAAUAGCAAGGUGAGAGAAAAAUGUAACUAAGAACAAAAACCUAAUUUUAAAAAUUAUAUAAUGCUUUCCAAAGGCACCUAUAACUUAUUUUUAAGUUACUUGAUAUUUGGGAUUCUCCCUGGAUAUUCUUUAUAGGCAGGAAGUCUGAUGGCCCCUAGGGCAGAAUUCUCCCUUCAGUUGUCGCAGCAGGGACCAGUGACAGAGAAAGAAGAUGAAGUUACAGAGCAUGCUGAGGAGUGUCCAUCGCUGAGGCCAGUCUCAUGUAUGCAGUCGUCUCUGCUGAGGUAGCAGGGUCAUCCUGAUGGGAGGAAAGGCUGAAUGCAGCAGCCCUAGAGAGGCUGGGACGCUCAGCACAUCCUGGGCACAUACACAGGUGUACAGACCACACCAUGCGUGUUCCUGGACCUGCCGCCCCAGCAUCCUGAGUCGUUAUAGCAGAGCACAGUGGGCCACCAAGGAGGCCCAGGGAUCCUCUCUGAGACACAGCUCUCAGCUGGAGAGCCUGCAGUGACACCUUUUCAUCUUUGUCACCAGAGGCGUUUGGUGUGAAGCACAUCUGCUGGGUUGGCUUUACAUUUGGAAAGGCCCUGUCACUUUGCAAGUUUGCCUCUUUAAAGAGAAGAUUGGAAACAUGCCAUGACUCCCUGCCACUGCUGCCUUUCAGACCAGACCAGUUCGGUGAUCCUGUCUAGCACUUCCAGGCCUGUGUUCAUCACAGGGAAAAGCUGCUUCAGACUGGACAUCCGGAAAAGAAACAAUGCCACUGUAGGAUGUGGAGAAAGGAAAAGGCAGGCAUUGACAUUGAAAGACACCAGUGAAGUCUUUAGGCCCCUAAGAUAUAUGAACACCGGUCUCGAAGUUCUGAAACCAUCUGUGGUUUUCAGCAAGCAAGCACCUGGGCAGCAGCAAAAAAAAAAAAAAAAAGACUUCAUUUUUGCCUUGUCUUCUAGACAUGAAAAGGCAGUUGCAUUCCAUCCUUCACUGUGUUCUACGUGUUGCUUAAUCAGGAUGUGCUUAGUCGUGAGAUAAAUAUUUUUUCUGAACAACAGUUUACUUAGAAAACACCAUGCACUUGGGGGCACCAAUAAACUGCUUCAAAAUUAUAAUAUUGGUAGUUCUUAGACUAGAUAUAAUCUAAGAAUGUAUGUGACUGACUUACAUCGUUAGAGCCACAAAUGUUAUAUUAUUUUAUACAUAUAUUAUUUUAUAUGUAUAUUAUAUACAUAACAUAAUAUGUAUGUUAAUACAUAUUAACAUGUAUGCAUUAAUAUGCAUGUGUAUAUGUAAAUAGUGACAUGGGCCUAUAAGCACACACAGAUGUCUAUAUCUGUAUAUGUACAAUAUGUACACCUACACACACACACACACACGGGCGCGCACGUGCACACACACACAAUGUGGGCCUUAUUCCGUUAAUAUGGCAAUAAAGUACUCACCAGUAUACAUUCUAAUUAGAAAUGCUGCUCAAAAGUAUGAACUUUAAGAGUCUGGCCAGAAAUUUGCAACCUCCAAAAAAGUUACUUUAAAAAUAUAAUUUAGAGUUUGUAUCUUUCCCCCCAAAAGAGCCUAUGACACUUAAAGCAGCCUCAAAUUGCUCCUAAGGAGUUGAGGGUGGACGGAAGCUUCCCUCCUCUCCAUACCCUCCCCUGGUAAUCCUGUGACUGUCAGACAUGUUGUGAUGUGUAUUUGUCUUGUUUGGUGUCUGUCUUCCCCCAUGCCAGAGUCAGAGGCUCCAUGAGAGCAGGGACUUAAUUUUAUUCAUUGCUGUGUCCCCAGCACCCAUCAGUGCAGGGCCGUGCACAUGGAAGGUGCUCAGAAAAUAAUCAUUGAAUGAAUGAAAUCUAAAAUGUGAAGAAGGGAGUGUUUCUGACAAUGUUUGUAUGUUUUGUGGGUUGUAUGAUAGAAGGACAUAACCAUGUUGUCAGUGUUUCUAUGCAACAAACUUGUAUGUUUUAUUUCAUUUGUGUUUUUGUCUUAAACCCUCCUGCUGUUAAUAUAAACAAUUUUAUAUAAUAAACACUGGGCCUGAAAGUC